CUGGGACCCCACAUCACGCUCACUCUCACACACAGCCUUCUAUGGCAACCAAGUUGUCCUCCGCCAGGACACCAACGCCAGGGAUAAUGUUUCCUUGGACACUUGAAACACCGGAGUUAAUAACGAAGACCUCGCAGUACGGGAUGCCUCUCGAAUCCCAACUGGGAGCUCUUAGCGAGUCUUCGUUAUCCGAUGGAUCGAUGUUGAGCGCUGGCGCCGAAGCAGCUACGCCAAGUGAACUGAGUGGUGAGCCCGGCUUCGGGUACUUGGGGGCCAACAAUGGGUCCCUGAUACCCGAUUCCUGUGGCUGGGCGCCCUCAGCGAGUCACCUCGUGUUACCUGAAGAAGCCUCCAUCAGCCAUGACCCUCACUCCGCGCUGCUCUCCUGCGGCGACCUCUCGACCUACCAGAGUUCAGAAGUCAGAUGUCAGUGCGCAGAUGUAUUUGGAGGAGACGAGUACGAUAUUAAUGAUAUUACCACCUGGGACCCUCAGGUGAUCAGGGAGGUGGCAGCGUGUUUAGACAGAGUCAUCAACAGCGGGCAGACAGCAGACAUGGACUCCCAGCCACUAGCUCCAGCCACACGCAGACAGCCACAAGUAGUAAGGAGUGAGGGAGUGCCUAGCCAACGUUGGGACCAGCCAGUGCCAGGCAGCUCGAGCAAUGUGCCUCGAAGGAAAAUCAAACUGUACCAACUUAGCCCUCAGGAAGACCCAGAGCUCGAGAGGAGGAGGAGGCUGGCACUCAAACAGUACCUGAAACGUCUGAGAGACGAGAAACACGAAAGGACGCUCAUCUGUCAGUUUAAAAACAAUAGCCAGGAGGUAGCAAGCCUCAACCAGGAGAAGCAGACGCGCCUGCAGACGAUAGCAAUGCUUGAAGCACUCUUGACGCGCAGCAGUAUUGUAAACCCGCACGGCCAACACGACGGUGAGGUCAACCGAGUCGGUGCCAGCGGAUACAAUUCUCAAUUUCUGUAGUGCUGUGUACAUAUGUAGCAGCUAUUGUUGUGCAAAUGUAGCAGAAAUAGCUAGCUACACAUUUGUAGCAGAAAUUGCUAGCUACACACUUCUAGCAGAAAUAGCUAGCUACACACUUGUAGUAGAAAUAGCUAGCUACACAUUUGUAGCAGAAAUGGCUAGCUACACACUUAUAGCAGAACUAACUAGCAACACACUUGUAGCAGAACUAACUAGCUACACACUCGUAGCAGAAAUAGCUAGCUACACACUUGUAGCAGAAACACCCAGCUAUUCACUUGUAGGAGAAAUAUCUAAGCUGUGCACCUGUCCAUGCAAGACUUUGGUGUAAUGCACCUCUGUGAUAGCCGUCGUUUAGAAAGAAAACACCAGCCCCACUCAGCUGCAUGAACUACCAAGAAUGCAAGAAUGAAAUCCCAGGAAAAAAAAAACACGUGAUUCGGUUAUACGAGAGAAUUUACAAGGAAAAUGCAACGGAAAAUCCGAAAGUUUUCGUCUUUCACCACAUUACCAAGGAAAUACAGAGAAGUUGUUGUUGUUGGUGUAGAAGAUUACACCACCACAAGAGGUGGUACGGGCAUGAAUAGCCCGUAGGUGAUGUGGAUGUUUGGAGGGAAUGUGCUCUUUAGU